AUGCUCGCUGGACUCUCCGUCACCUGGUUUCGGGUCUGCCACGAGCACCACGGGGUUCCUACGCGGCUCGCCCAAAUUUGCACGCUCGAGGCCUUUUCUCGGUUUUCACUGUCAGGGCAGAAGGAGCACCCGUUCGCAAAAAACUUCGAGGUGCCCCAGUGGUCCAAAUUCGCCUGGCACACCGGGUUUUGCGGGCUCGCGUACCCAGUCCUGCUGCUGUUCGUGAGGCUAGCGCAGGACAGGACGCUGUUCUGGGCACGGUUAUUCACCGGCGUGGGGUGCGGAAUUAUAGGGCUGAUUCUGGGAAUUAGCUUGCUGAAGCUCGCAAGAGGUAUUUUGGAGGCUGCGACGUGGGCGACUGUAAUACAUCAAUCGCGCGUUCCAGAGGGUGCCGGAGUGCGGCUGAAGGACCUGGCAGCUCAGUCCGAUGACCACGCAAGCGCACUGACGGCGUUAAAGCUCAUAUGGGAUCGACGGAACUAUCAUGGCGCCUCGAGAGAGUACAGAAAGUUCUACGAUGCACGGCCAUGGUCGUUAUGGAUCAUUCUGUUCCUCGUGAAUGUCAUCUUCGCCGGGGUAUUACCUUUUGUUCUCGCACGAUUCGUGGACAUUGACGUACACAUUGUGCAUCAAUACCAAAAAUACUACGAAAUUACGGUCAAAGGCGACCUCUCCGAAGCAGACAUCAAGCGUGCUUCAGACCUCCAGGCCGUGUUCGAGAAUUACGCCCUCACCUGGACCCUCGCGCCCUUCUCCGUGCACGGCGGCCUCCCGCCCGUCGUCAUUUUUCAAUACGGCAACGACACCGUCUACUUCUCCGAAGUCAUCCUCUCCCAAUUCCUUCCCAAUGGAAACGGCUUUGGGACGUUCGAAACCGACACCACCCUUCCCAGCAUCGACGCAGACCCACACAAGCCUUCACAACCUCAGUCAGAUUCGGGACAUGACCACCAUGAGGAGCAAGAACACGCGGAUUGGCUUGAGAGAGGAUUCGAGCAGUUCAGCCCGCCUGUUGAACUUGAGCCGGGGUCGCUGAUCAAGUUCCCGAGGUGGGGAAUUAGGAUCAAGUGCGCGAAGAUCCCUGACCAGCAGGUGAAUAUAAUACCGCUGUCUGAGAAUAAUCGCACGUAUGUGUUCACACCACGCGCUGCACUCGCCCCGCUCUUCGCAGGGUUCGCGAUGAACUUUCCAGAGAUCUUGAAGGCGCCAUUUAAUUUUUCUGCAGCGAUGCAUCAGAACGACACGGUGCCUGAUGCUUUGCGCGCCAGCGAUAUUUCUCUUGGAGCGAUGUUCUGGGACAACGGUGUUGCUCACAGCAUGAAAAGCACUCCUCUAAACAUGGGCGAAGAGGGCAAAGGCUUCGUUACAGUUGAGAACAUCCUCGUUCGCCUAAACACUACUUACGCACCACACGGCAAAUUCGACGUCCUUGGUCCCUAUCCACUCCUAAACGAGGAUGGCAACAUGACUUACAUCGGGUACGACGCUGCUGUCUGCGUCGAGCUAUACGAGCCUUGGGUGCUCGAGGUGUACAACAGCUCCUCAGGGGCCCCGGCGACUAUGCGGAUUCGAGACGCGAUGGCCACCCUGAGAGACUUGGAGGGUGAGGAUAUGAAAGGCGAGAGGAUAACGGAUCCUCUUGUUUCAAGAGGGUUGAACUCGUCGCAUAUGUGGUCGGCGUAUGUUGCUGGGCACCAGAAUAGCGUAAACCAGAUCAUCAAGGAUAAUGGGAGAGAUUUCUAUUACGUUCCGAGCCCAACGCUUAUUUCCUUUACUGGAGGACAAGAUCCUUUCUCCUACACAGAACUUUCCACAGCGUACUACGCCAAAGCUCGCGCACUUGCAGACGCUGGCAACGUCCUCCCGUACUUCGUCGGCUCCGGUAUGAGCGUCGCACGACAAUACCAUGACCGACAAUCCACCACUGCGGUGAUCAAUAAACUGUACACACUGCUCGUCUUCCUGGUCGUCUUCCUGAUGGGUGCUAUCUCGGCGUUCUUCGUCCCGAGAUUGCCACUGGACAUCCCGAGGCGUGGGUUUGAUCUGUACUCGUGGAUGACAGCGUUCCAGGCUCAAGAACUUGUCUCUGAGCGGACGAGCGUUUUUGGGAAGAGCAUGGACUUGAGGGAUAUUAAAGAGCAUGCGGGGGAGAUCAGGUUCCGAUACGCGGGCACGAACGAAGGCUCUAAGAGCCCCAAAACAACAAUUAAACCUCCUUGUUGUGUGGAUCCCUUAUCCCCAACCACCACCGCCAUGGCCGCCACCACUGCGUCCAGCGCAUGGAUGCCGUCCAAGGGGCGUCAUUCGGUCAACAUUGGACCCUCCCUUGGUCGUGCCAUUAAGGCCAGGAAGCUCAAGGACUCCCCGGCACCCAUGACCAAGAAGAUCAGCCGCCCAGAGCGGGAUUUCUAUGCGUUCAGAUUCAACUUCAAGCCUUCGUCCAUUGAUAAUACCAAGCCGGCGUCGAUAGAAAUCAAGAAGGGCACCGAGAAUAGCCAGGUGGUGGCGGAAUACCCUAGCAAAGAAUCCAACAACGAAGUUCAUGUAUUCAACGGUACGGAGCAGCCUGCGAAGGAUAUUGAGUGCAUUCUGAUUUACGACGAGGAUACGGGGCAAUACACCCUCGAGAAACUCGAUUCAUUCGUUACUCUCAAGUCUAUUGGGAAGAAAGCCAUCUCUCCCCGCCCUGCAUCACCCGCCCCAGCCGUCUCCUCGUCGGCAUCCUCGUCCUCUUCUCGCAAAGGCGAGGGCAAGCAAGAGCUCGACGACAACGAUGAUCUCGAACGCGCCAUACUCGGUCUGGACGACGCCGACGCAGAUGGGGAGGCGGAUGACUUCAUGGAGAUCGUUCCGACGGCACCGCAUCGUCCAGAAGAGGAACACGAGGAAGGCGAGAUGUCCGAGGACCCACCACCGCCACCACCGACAAAGGCAGCUGCUCGUCCCGUCAAACCGCUACCCAAGGCCCGUUCAGAGCAGAAGCCUCCCGCACCACCAAAACCUACCCCUCCUCAACCCGCUCUUCCUCCUGCGACGAUACCCCUUCCUCCCAAACCUACACCUACACCUACACCGAAAUCUGCUGGAAAGCAGGCUCCACCACCACCUGCGCCUACGCCGACACCAGCGGCUGUGACGUCGAAAGCGAAAACUGGUCCAGCAAAGACAAAGAAGACAAAGGCUGCUCCUCCGUCUUCACUUCCUGCGAAACCCAAACACGCUCCACCAACAACCUACCCCGAAGAAGAGGUCAUCGAGCUCCCUCGACCUACCAAACGCUCGCGUCCAUCCACAUCAACCCAACCGCACAUCCCAUCCAAACCAGCACCUCCACCCCCAGCAGCACCCGCUCCGCUCUCCCUCCCAGGUGGCUCCGGGGUCUUUGCACCCCCACCCCCACCCAAACCAACCUCUGCACCUGCCUCUCCCCCAGCACUGCCAGCCGACGAAUCAGACGACGACUCGGACAUCUGGGAGCAGGUGCCGACCACCGCCGUAUCGCAGACCGACGAACUCGAGCGCGAGAUCUUCGGGUCUAAGUAUGGCUUCAAGGACGAGUUCAUCGAGGUCAACGGGGAUGAUGUCGAGCCCUUGCCGCCGCGAGGGCAGAGCGAAGACGCAGAUACAUUGUUAGAAAGGGAGGUGUUCGGCGACGUGGUGGACGAGGAGGAGAUCGACGUGAACGCGUUUGCGGCGGAACUCGAUCAGGAAAUGCAGAGUGAGGCGGAUGCUGAUGAUGAUGAUAUGGAGGAGGUCGUACCCGGAAGCGCCACGGGUGGGCGGCCGCUGUCGAUGAACCAGCUCGCAGCUGCAAAUGCGGGUGUGGUUGAUAGCGACGAGGAGUAUUCGAGCAGCGAUGAUAGCGAUUUUGAUUGA